UAUUUACCUGCAACCGCAGUCGACAAAAUUUAAAGUUAUUAAAUACUGUAGAGUCUACUUAAAUUGUUAUUAAUUUUAUUGGUUUUAUUUUAAAAAGGAGACUCAUUAUUUAAAAUGCAGUUAAUGCUGUACACUUUUCAACAAUCUGUUCUAAAUAUAAAGUUCACCGAUUUCCCGUGUUUGCUUAGAAAAGUGUAGAUUUUAGAUGUUUCUUAUAUGUGUUAUUAAAUGCGAUGUCAAAGCUAGUAAUAUAGUACGUCGCACUCUUUCAUGUUUUCAUCAUAACAUUUUACAUAUUACAGUCAAAUUUUACUAAUUUGACUCUGAGCAGUGUUCAAUAACAUUUGUUAUCAGACUUACUGAAGUUAUCAAGAUGUGGCCUAUGAUAGUUGAUUAUACUGAUGAUGAGUGCAAGAGGUUAUUACGUAGUUUAGAGCUGGAAGCAUAUGCAGCAAUCAUUAAUGCCUUUCGUGCACAAGGCUUUUUGACAAAAGAUAAAAGAAAAAUAUUGCAAGAACUCUGUAAUGUGCUGAGCAUAUCUAUGGAGCGUCACCGUGCAGAGAUUAGGCGAGCGGUCAAUGAUGAACAUUUAAAUACAGUUGCUGAAAGGUUAUAUGGAGCAAAUACUUCUGCUGAGUGGUCCAUAGAAGGAAGGCGUGUAGUACCUCUAAUGCAGCGCCUUGCACCUCAAACUGUGUUCACUGAUAUUGCAAAUUCAGCUGCUAAUGCUCAAGCUACAAAGAAUGCUUCCUUGCCAUUACCUGGCAGAACUGGAUUAAGAGAGAUCAGCAAUGGAAUUGAAACAAUGGCGAGCCGUAAGAGAAAAGAUCUGCCUCCUGAUCCCUCUAUACCUCCCAAUAAAUUGCAAGCAAUAGAGUGUCAGUACCCUCAUGUUCAAGCGUUUGACAGCCCUGACUUUCAAAGUAUGGAAACAUCCCCAUGUUCUGAAACACCAACUGCUGAAAUUCAUCCUGCUACUGGAAAUGAGAUUUCGCCUGAACCCACUUCUUUGUCGGAUUAUAUUUCCUCUAAAAUUCCUCCUAUGGCACAUGUACCCUCUUUAGUAUCUCCUGUUAAGUCUUCUACAAAGCAUAUAAUGCUGAAAUCAUCCACAGUGACAACUUUUUCAACCUUUGAUCAGAUGCCUUCAAAUUUGCUAUCAAGUAAACCUCCUUCAAGGAGUCCUCUUCAAUCUGUAAGUCAUGAAGGACAUCAAGCUUCUAUGGCGGAAAUGGUAAAGUCAUUAGAACCUAAAAGCUUGCAGAGAUCAUCAUCCACUGGUGCUAUGAGGACAACAGUAAUUCCUCACACAGUACCUUCUACAGGUUCAACUUCAUCGAGUGAUCGUACUACUUCAUCUACACCUUCUCAAAGCAAAUUUGUCAGUCAACUGAGAUCAAAACCUGCAGUGCAGGGAAGGCAAAACUUGCCUUCUGGAUUGGGAGUAAAACUGAACAUUCAGCCACCGCAAGUAAACCCCAGGGCGGUUUCGCCUAAAUCAUCGAGCAGUAAGGGAAAGCAGGACAGUAACUCCGGUUUUUUGGCUAAAAAGCCAACUUCAGGAGUGUUCCCACCCACAAGCCAAUCUGACUCACCGGCUCAGUUCACGGUAAACGAAUCCCUCACCGUCACCAAAACUUCUGUACAAAAAUCACCAUCACCCAAAACAGAAUCUCAUUCGAUGUCCAGUCACCAGCCUGCUUCUAAAGUACCCGUGACGAAAGCUUUGCCAAAGGUAUCCACAUCCAGCUCCCAAUACAUUUCGAGGUCUCUAUUUGGUGGUGGUACAAAGGGUGCAAAGUCUCUGCCGCCUGUUAUUUUUAAUGUAUCUUCGUCUGCCACCUUACAGACGCCCACCAAGACAACCGGACCUGUCCAGAGCGAAGCGGGCAAAGGAUCCAGUUCCCAGAUGCUGUCAAAAUCAACGCCUAUCGGAGUUGGACAGAGCCACAUGAAAUUGGGAAGUUCCACUACCCAAACAAUUCAGUAUAGGAAUGAUGGAGGGCUGGUUCGCAGUGCACGGAUAAUAAACGUAACACCUCCAGCCGGUUCCCGGCUACCUUGUUCCAUCACACCGUCUGCAAUCUCUGCAUUGGGAUUAUCUUCAAACUUGACGACUGGUGCCUUAAGAGUGACGUUGCCAGCUGGAACACUUAACACAUCCUCCUCAAUGAGAGCAUCAGCAGUAGCUAAGCCUAACGUGAUUGUCGUGCAUAAAGCUCAAAUGUGGCCACGUUCACAGGCAGCAGUUAUUAUGAGUUCAACUCCUGUUCAAAGGAUACCUGAAUCAAAUUCAGAAAAUGCUCAAAAGCAAGAAAAGAACAAGUUGCCAAGUAGUUCUCCUCAAACAGCAACUACAACAACAGUUGCUACUAAACCUCAAGCUAAACCUCUACCAUCACAGUCUUUAAAUGUAUCUACUGUUCCAAUCAAAGGGGCAGAUACCAACACUGUUCGAACUCCAUCACCAAGCCCUGUGCAACAAACAGAUAGCACUUCAAAAGAAGUACCAGUGCCAACAAAUAAAAAUACACCUAUUACUCAAGUUAGUACAAAGAAUCAAACCAGCAGCCUGGGUUCUAAGAACCAAAUCACUGUUGGUUCUAAAGGCCAGUUGAGCGAAAUUCAGUGCAAAAAGAACUUGUUAGCUGAUGUAAUUCAAGAGUCUGGAUUGGUUCUGGAAUCAACUGAAAAAUCACUGAAAGAAAAAGGUGAUUUAGCGAAGAAAGAUAAAGAACAACCUUCAAAAAAUACAACUACUCCUGGUGAAACUUUAAUAAAAACUGUUAUUGACUCAACACCUAUUUCUAAGACUGUUACUUCAAUUAUAAAAACUAUUGACACAUCUUCUGAAGUUGCUUCAUUGUCAGAUAUCAGAGAUUCUAACAUCCUAAAAAGAUUCGAAAAAGGAGAUGAUACAAUGGAUUCACAAGAAACUGUUAUCACAAUUUCCACAAUGGAAAUUCCAACAAAAAACACAAUAAAGAAAUCUACUGACGACUCUAAAGAAAAGAAUUCAUGAUAACUGUUUCUGCUUUUAAAGCUCUUUUACAUAAUGAAUACAAUGGAAUUCUGUAUUUCAACACGACAGAUUUGCUUGAUUGAAAUAGUUCAAUUAAAUGCAUUGUUUUUAAUUAUUUUAUUAGAAAAAAAUUGUAUAUACUAUUCUAAUCAAUAAAACACAUUAUUUAAAAAGAA